AGUUCAAACACUUCCCAGUUAUUUAUCCCCAGUGUCGACUCUCUGGUGUCGCAGAGAAUGAAGUUUAUCACAGAGACUUUUAUUCCUCCUCUCAGCAGGGGCAGAAAGGGAUCUCGAAGACAGUCUUUAAAAUCUGUGCUGCUUUACCUCUGGGAUGUUUAUUCUGCACCUGCACCUGCAGGCAGAGACGUCCUGACUCUUCUCUCCCUCUGCUUCACACUGACCCUCCUCACCGGCGGCCUGCUGCAUCACUGGCUGUCCAAGACUCUGCGAUAUGACCACGAGGCGUCCGUUCAGACCGCCUGCGUCUACGGCGUGGCCAUGUUCCUGGUCUCCUUCCUGUGUCACCCUCUGCGCUGUGUGCUCACCAUGAUCCUUCCCACCGCCUGCACCAAGCAGGGAGGCAAGCUCCUCAUCUCCGCCGCUCUGGCCAUCUUGGUGGUGAACGUCAUUCCAAAUAUCACGGUGAACGUAGGGGCAGUAGCUCACAUCCUCAAGUGCACCGCCGAGGGAUUCACGAAGACUCUACUGAACUCAUCCGAGCCCUGGAACCAGGCGAAGCGAGAGCUCGUUGAAGAAACCAUCAGGGUGAGGAGGGAGGACCUGAGCAUUGUCACGAAUUUAAGGAAGCUGGACCAUUUCACGCACGUUGAUUUGUCCGCGGUCAAAAGCCGGUUUAAAAACCUGAUCGGGCAGAUAGAGGUCAACUUCUCACACGCCAGGAGCCUUCUGACAGACGGCAAACUGCUGCUGAACCGGAUCCUCGCCGCCAUCUUCGUUGCAUUGCUGAUCCUUGAAUCCUCGCGCUACUUGAAAUCAUAUCUGACGUCAGUUCACUUUGACAAUGGCUACAUCUCCAAGGAGCUCAGGAGAGAAUCAUCUCCUCCUGGGACAGAGAGACCGGCCAAAAAUCAAAUCCAGCUGUCAAACUGUAGAAUAUCUAAACAGGAAUGUGCCUCUUGCCUCAUAUCCUUGAUCCUGGUAACUUUGUAUUUCCUUGCAAUAACUGCAAUAGUAGCUUUGGAUCAUGUCGUCUAUCACAUAGUUCAGGUGAUGGCGCCCUGGUUUCUGGAUUUCCCACCAACAUCUGCCUGCAUUACUGUUGAUUAUAAGGUUCAGUGGUUCGCCCCUGCGUUCUGUCUCAUCCCACAAGCCUGCCGCCCACAGGAGCUGACCAACUUCCACAGGGACUACAAGUGGACCUUCAGCCCCGAGCCAUCGCUCUGCGACGUGACCACCUCGCCCCCGAACCUGGGAGUCACGCUCCUGCUGGGAUGUCUCUGGCUGAUGAGCUACUCCCUGGUGUUCCUGGAGGUUUACGCCCGACGACUGCGCAGGAAAAUCUCUGCGUCCUUCUUCAGGGAGCAGGAGGAGCGGAGGAGGGUUUACCUGCUGGAGAAAAUGCAAGCAAAGCAAAAAGAGACUGUUUGUGUUGAGAUCGCAUGAAGGUGAAGACGCCACUGAACGAUGUAGAGCUUGGAUUUGCCGGCGGCAUAGUGAUAUCAGUGAGUUGAUAUUGAUCCAGGCUGAAUUGUCUCCAGCAACAGACAUAUUGAGUCUGUAGACGUCUAAGAUUCCUUGGUUUGUCCUCUGGUGCCAACUAGAGGUUUUUAACCAUUUUGAUCUUUAGUGAAUUGUCUCCACAAGUAUUCAAUGGAUUUUCAUGAAAUUUGGUGAAGAAGGUGUCGGUGUGUGAGAGAGAAUCACAGACGCAGAUUCAGCAAAUAUGUAAAUAACAAUAUACAUUUGUGACUGUAAACAUUGUAAAUGUAUUUUUAAAGAAGUAACUUAAAUAUCUUCACUUGUAAACCUAACAGAGCCAAUAAUUGAAAAACUAAACUUUCUGAUUAGCAAACAAUCAUCUGAGCUCAUGCUGUGUCCGACCUCUGCCUCACAACACGACUCUGAUUUAACCUUAUCACCUACACUUCCCUUUUUAUUUUAAGUUGCAUCACAACGUGGUGCUCUUACGUUUUGUUUCGUCUUUCUGAAAACAUAAACUAAUAAAAGAGCUUCCUGUGUGUGAUUCAUUUUCAUCCUCAAAGAAGUUCACAAUAAGCCUGAUGUGAUUUUUAUAGAUGUAUCACAACAUCAGCUCCAGUUGGACCUUGUUUGUUUCAAACCCUCAAGGGUUUUUCUUUCUCUGCCUUGUUUGCAAUGUGGUUUUUCCUCUUGUCUGUGAUUUAUUGUGUUUCUUUAACUCCUCAGCUCCACUAGAUGACACUGUUGUGCUUCAGGCCAAUGAGGAACGCUACUGUAACUUUUCAGUAUUUUAUUGGCUUUGAUAAUCUUUAACCCUCUGGAUGAAUCUACUACAUGAGCACAUCACCAGUCUAUUUUUGUGUUGCCUUACAAAAAAAAAAAACACUUCCUUUCUCUGAAAACGUUCUUUGAAUACGUCCCUGUUUCAAGUUCCCACGAGGCUCUAGGAGUUUAUUUUAAGACCCAGAACAAAAAUAGAAUACAUCUAUUUUUACUGCUGACUACUUCAUGAUUGUGUCAAAAUGCAGCCGUCUUGGUACAGAUGUUGGUGCAGAAAUAAUUGAUGAAAUAAAUAAAUAAUAUUCACUGUCAGCAUGUUGCUUUGUAUGAUUUGUAUUCAUUGGAAAUGCAAGAAUGGAUUAUUGAUCAAAUGUAAGAUUUUUUUUAAUCUUUUGUUCAAGUUUGGAAAAGUCAGCUCUUACCACACCGUGUAUUCUGUAUCAGCUAAUUUCCGCUGUUUCUUGAACUUAUAUGAUGUAAAAUAUGAAAACUCAAAACACUGUUUUUACUGCUGCAACAUUGAAAGUAACACAAAGUGUGGUGGAAAUUCUCUAAUGAUGUUAAAGAGUAAAAUUGCAUUUUUUCAAGCCUCGGAAUCUCAAAUGAAACUUGAAGUAAAUGGAUUUGGGUGUGAAACAUUCUAUAACUAUAAUAAAGUUUGGGUUUCCAGUGA